AUGACGAAACGGAAGCGUGACCGUGUGAUCUUAUCGUCAUUUCGGGUCUGCACACGGUUAUUCCCUCCCACCUCCAUCUCGCCUCCAUCUUCCACUCGUCACCUUUGUCCCACCGGCGGCCCUUCGGCGCUCCGUCAUCGAUUCAUCCUCCACUCGUUGCGAAUCUUCUUCGUAUCGCCUAAAUUCACUUAUUCGUUCCAUCCCGUCCUUCACUCCAUAAGCGACAUUCCAGAUCUCAAUUCACUUCCUACCUUCGCAGCCUCCUCUGCAGUGCGCAUGACGAUCGGAAUGAGGUAUAACGAGGCUGAACUUAUGGCCGAGGAGUCUGCGCUGAAGAUGGCUGAGGAACAACGGCGAACCCUCUUCCGGCCACUCAAGGCCGUGAGAGUCGAAUUCUGGCACUUGGAUGGACAGCGCGUGAUGAAGAUGGUGUUUAGGAAGCUACAGCUGCCAAACGAACGCAUCCGCCUAUCUCCUUCCACGAAUGCCCACACCCACUCCACGACGUGCCUUCGUCAUCACGCUGCCGCAUCAAUUGCAGAUGCUACUCGUUGCAUCUCCGUCGUCGUUCGCACCAGAAGAGACCUUCUACGUCCCACGGAAUCCACGCGAAUCGAGGCCCUCUCGACCUUCCAUCCCCCACCGCCUACACUGCCCAACAACGGCAAAGCCAAGCUCAGCACCGCAGCUGAAGCUCUCCCAAGUAUCGACCUUAUCCCUCUCGGCGAUUCCGACACUUACUUGCACGGACGUAUACCAAAGACCAUGGUCAAACGAGACAUCACGCCGCACCGCCAUCCUCCGCGGCCUUCGAUUGUGCUGAGAGGUCGUCUUUUCAAGCACCCAGCGCCGCCUCGUCUGGCACUGGCGGAGUUGGUAGAUGAAGAAGACGAGAUAGAGGGAAUGGUGCUGCCAACGCCGAGGUUCUCGAGAGUUUCGUACCCGGCGUCGUGUCGGGAUGGGCAAGAGCUAGAGGAGGAUCUGACGCUGGUGGUGGCCGGCAGCCGUCCGUUGGACGUUCCACGGCCUCCUUUAGAGGCGCAUACACCUACGGCACCAGCCAUACCACACUCCACAACAUCGCCGUCUUCACGUUCCACCCGUUCGCCGCCCGAGCAGAGCGUGAUGUCGUUCUUAGACACACGUCCUGCUCUCAUUUCUAUUCCCAUUUGCACGUCAAGCUCAACUUCAACCUCACCAUCGCCAUUUGCAUCCUCAAGCAUGACCUCAGGAUUAGUUUCGAACUCGGGCACGGACACCGACGCGGACGUCAACACCGAAAUGGAGGGGGACUCGUCCUCGUGGCUCGAUGCGUCAACUACACCCUCUGCCCCUACACGUCUUCAGCGAAACCACCAUACCUCGUCGUCAUUCUCCUCCGCCCAGGCCUACUCCCCGACCUCAUCGCAUAUGCGGCCCCUAUUUGCAUGUACGAAAUGCCGCACGAGCGCUAUGCUCGAGCUCGAUAUCCUCUUAUUCUACAGCGUCGCGGCAGUCGAUAACAACCUGACGUCGAUCUCCGUUACGGUGCUUGCGUGUCAUGCAAAUUUGCAAAACUUACGACAGACGGGCCCAAGACGAGCCGCGGGCUAUUAG